UUUCUGGUGUAUGUGGGGGACCGUUAGGAUAUGGUACAUUUUUUCUGAGGAACACAGCUACCAGUCAGGCCAGCAAUAGCAGGACAGCACAAGCGUACGUGGUCCUUUGGUUGCUCAGGGUGUGUAUUUCAAACCCCAGCUGGAGAAUGGAGAUAAAGGCUUGUCUGGACAGAAGUCAGCACAACCAAGGCUUUCUUGGCAGUUCUGUUUGCACAAUGUGGAGAACGUGCUGUUCCGUUAUGGAAGAUGAGAUGAUUUUUCGGGGUAGGUUUUUAGGUCCUGUGGCAUUAUGGAGAUGGUGUAGAUGGGGCUUGUUCUAUUUCUGCCUGUCUUCCAGUUUUCUUCCAUCCUGCUUCUAUGUACAGAGCAUACGUGUCUUCCAAGGCAGAUAACUCUCACCUGAGAACUUAAGUCAUGAGGAGACGUUUUUUUCCCUUUUCCCCCUUGUUAUAUAUGGGAUAGGUUAACUCUUGGUAGUUAAGUGGACUGUUGAAAUGUCCUCAUUUUUUUUUUCUAGCUGUUUGGGUUUGAAUUUAGUUUUUUCCUCUCCGCUUUGUUUUUUGUUGUCUUCUGAUCACAGGAGCUGGGCUCCUUCUAGUGAGCUUCGGGUCCAGCGCAGGAGUGCCUGGGGAGAUGUGGUCCCUGUCAUUGGCCCAACCUAAUCUCAGAGGUCUAUGGCAGAGAGGGCUUUCACUGUGCCACCUGAGAAAUAGCUGAACUGUUGAACGAACCUUUCUGUUUGAAAUGCUCUCCCUGCUUCAUGGCAAAUCCACGGCAGAAAACCUCCCCUGAUUUUUGUGUGGCAAGGAUGAGUUGUUUUCAUCAACUCCCCAUCUUCCUGUAAUGGGCUUCAUUCCUUUCCAUUGGGUCAUUCUUUUGCUUGGUACCUCCCCUUCCUGAGUGAAGCCUUUGGAGACCUACUUAUUCCGUUAGCUAUGUUGCUGUUUAGGUAUGUGAUACAUGUUAGCUCAUCUUGGCCUUUUAAAACCAUUUCAUUUCUUCUGUGCAGUUUUGCCCUUCCUCUGAUGAACCAAACGCGUCAACAGAGCAGCCAAACUGGAUAAAACAAGCGCUGCACAGUCUGAACACGGUGUAAUGCACACUUGUCUGCCCUCUUGCACCUAAAGGGUAGAGGCAUGCACAGUAUGGGAAUUCCUGUUGGUCACGGCCAGACCCAUUUGGAGGAAGACAGCCAGCAGCAACCAGCUGUGGGGUACUGGAAGCCACUAAUGCCAUCCAAAGGCAGCAAGGAGGAGCCAGAGACUGGGUGCCAGGAUGCUGGAAUUGGGGAUGAGAGCCAGUCUGCGGAGCAGUGCAACGUCUCACGCCUCCGCAGCUCCUCGGUGGAGAUCCGUGAAAAGGGAUCUGAGUUCCUGAAGGAGGAGCUGCACAAAGCGCAAAAGGAGCUGAAGCUGAAGGACAAAGAAUGUGAGAGACUGUCAAAAGUCAGGGAACAACUGGAGCAGGAACUAGAGGAGUUAACAGCUAGCCUGUUUGAGGAAGCACACAAGAUGGUGAGAGAAGCAAACACGAAACAGGCGGCGUCAGAGAAACAGCUGAGGGAGGCACGGGGAAAGAUUGACAUGCUGCAGGCAGAGGUGACAGCUCUGAAGACGCUUGUGAUCACAUCCACACCUUCAUCUCCAAACUGGGAGCUACACCCUCAGCUCCAGAGCCCUUCUAAAGCUGUCUUCAGGAAAGGCCAUGCGCGAAACAAGAGCACCAGCAGUGCAAUGAUCACAGCUGCCAGCCACAACGCGACUCCAGAGCCAGUCAGUCGUGAGUGCAAAGAGUCUGGGGUACCUGCUGCCCUCUGUCUGCACCUCUGUGUGACCCCCGGGAAGGCUGUCCGCAUCACCUGUGAGCCAGGCUGGCAGGCACUGGGGGCAGAGGCUUGCUCGUCCUUGCGGCAGGUCGACUCCGUUUUAUUUGCUGAGUUCCAGUCCUGGAAGGAAUCUCCAACUUUGGAUAAAUCCUGCUCCUUCCUGGACAGAAUUUACCGCGAAGAUGUGGGACCUUGUCUGGACUUCAGUAAGCAGGAGCUGUCCGAGCUGGUACGAGCGGCUGUGGAGCAGAAUACACUCACCAUUGAGCCGGUUGCUUCCCAGGCGCUGUCUGUGGUGAAAGGGUCAGCAGAAGACUGCGGUGGGCCAAAGAAGUGUGCUCUAAGCGGCCUCCCCAGGACCUGCAAGCACCGCAUCACGCUGGGAGAUUCUGGAAAUUACUACUACAUUUCGCCAUCCUGCAGGGCCAGGAUCACAGCAGCGUGCAACUUUUUCACGUACAUUCGCUAUAUCCAGCAGGGCUUGGUGAGGCAGGACGUGGAGCUGAUGUUCUGGGAGGUUAUGCGACUCCGGAGAGAGAUGUCUCUGGCCAAACUUGGGUUUUAUCCCAAUGAGAUAUAAGCAGAUGUCUGGAGCAUGGAAGGAAACUGCUCCUGAGUGAAUGACUUGUGAAAUGUAGCCUGCCGAACAGAUGAAUGAGGUGCCUCUCCAGCACUGGCCUUGCUCCCUCCCCUACCUCCCUAUGCCUGAUGCUGAUCAUGGAGCAAAAAGCACAAGUUCCACCUCCGGCUGUCCCACUUCUCCAACUGUGACUGGAAUGCAGCUGCGAAGCUACCCCUUGAGAGCUGGGCUGGUCCUGGCUGCUGGUCCUGGGUGACUGUCUACAGACUGUCCUCUGUGGAGACACGCAGCGUAUACCCAUUGUUUUUAAACUUCUGUUUUUAUAUGCAAUCUGCUUUGGCAUAGUCUGAGGCCAGCCAUGUGCGAGUCAGGAGUCCUGGGCUCCCUUCUUUGUAAGCAAGUCUUUCAGGACAGAUGCUGGCUGUCUGUCCAUUUGUCCAUUCCACUCAUUCUUUGGGGCAGAGGGUGCUGUUGCCUAGCCAUACACAGUUGUUUACUCUGCCAACAACUUACUCCUUUAACAGCCCUGUAGAUGCCAGCAGCACAAAAUGAUCUUAUGGAGAACCAUGAACUACCUGUUUCCAAGUUCAUCCAUGCUCCUUUUCAAGAAGCCUGCAAAAUAAGCUUUCUGCCAGAUGAGUUGUAAGAGGGGUUUGUUUCUGUUUUUAGCUGGGGAUUUGGCACUGGGAACUUGUAAUCCAGGCUGGGGGAACAACCAGAGCUGAGCACCUGGGACCUUUGGGAGAAGAAAGCGAGAAGGAAAAUUGCAUAACUUGCAGCUGGCCGCAGCUUGGCUGCGGUCAGUGCAGGAUAUAUUCUCCUGGCCUUGAAAAUUUGCUGCAGGCAGAUGGAGACCUUGUCAGAUGUUGCCACGUGACAGUCCUUGGUGCAGAAUUCCCCCAUGGUGCUCCUAGAUACAGAUGUCACCCACAUACAAAUGCCUUGGAUUUGUUACUACUCUGGGCACUGUUGUUCACACUUCGGAUAGAAAUCACAGUUCCAGGCCAAGUUCUUUAUCUCCAGAAAGAACCUGCCCAGGCUGGGGACAGUCUUGAGGCCGAAGUUUCCUCAUUAAUAUAUAACAGCAGACCUAGAGAUGCAUGCCCAUUUGGGAAACCCCGCAUCUCUCAGGCUGCCAUUCCCAGUGAGGAAAAUUGAGAUAUUUUAGCAUGUACAUGAGGGAUGCAACUGUAUGUUUCAAAAUCUGCUGGGAAGGAUGUCGCUUUUCAUUUCACCUGGCGUUUCUGCACUCUGGCGUGUCACCCUGUCUCUGCUGUCAUCAAAACUCCUGUGUUAGCAUGUUGGUUCCCAGAACCAGGUCACUGUCCUCAACUCCAUUAAGUUCCAUCCUCUCCUGGGAGAUGGCUGCAGUAGGAAUUUUGUAUUUUUGCUGUAAGAAAUAUGAGCUGCUGUGGUUUUGUCCAGGGGAGGGAGGAAUAGACUGGGGAAUACAGGCUUUGGUUUGGAACCUAAGACAAGGGCAACUUCAUGACAGAUCCAAGAAAACCUUCCUGUGGAAGACCCCUAGUGAGCACAGGCUUUCCUGUCACUGAGCAGACACAUUCUGUAUGCCACUGAGUUUCUCCUCAGGGGGCUCCUUUUCUUAUAGCACAAAUGGUAUUAUUUGCUAGGGGUUGGCAACUACGUGAAACCUGAGUCCUCAUCAUCCCAAGAGCUGGAAGAACACAUUCUAAAAAUAAACAAAUAGCUUUGAAUCCACCUCCUUCAGCUCAGAAAAUGCUGACCUGCAGGUGCCAGUUGUUACCACCCUGGUUCUGUUUUCACUGGACACAGCUGAGCUGCCUCUGACUCAUGCUGAUCACCCUAACUAGAUGAGUGCCUGCAUCAGCUGCUCCUGGCUGAAGAAAUGUAUUUCAAAUGUGGAGUGAAAGCCUGGAGAAUAUAUCUUUGGGUGAGGGGCUGGCAGGGUCUUGAGGCAGUGAUAUCCUGCAUUUCUUUUGUUGGCAUCUGCAAACUUGUGGCAAUUUGGCAUCAGCUUUUGCAGAGGAGAAGAUAAAAACACCUUUCACCAGCUGCAGAUUUAAGGUCAGUUCUAUCCUUGGUAAUUUCUCCUUGUAUCUGCUCCCCCUGAGCUUUUGAUCUCUGCAUGUCAUCAUGUGCCAUGAGCUGCUACAUCGCACACCAGAUGUGCCUACAUUACAGCACUGGGAAUGAGACGAUCUCCAUGUAGGAGAUGGCUUGUAGGACAGCCCCCUCCCAGUGUCACUAUGUAAAGCACUUUGAGAUAAAAGGAAGUAGAGAAAUGUAUUGUAUUGAGUUGACUUACCAUUUAAAGCAUAGAGAACAAUUUGAAAAAUUAAUAUGAAGUCACUCCAUUAACAGCAGGAUGGGUGGGUGCACCCUGCUCUUUAAUAAAGGAAAAAUAAACAUUUGCUAUUAACCUCCUUAAA